AGGCAACAUUCUGUGAUCCCUCGCCAGACUUGUUUACAGUUCUUCGUGUAACCUCCUUCCAACCAAACGCGCCCCUUAAAAGCAUUCUUAUCGGACGUCACUGUGGAAUAGCUUCACCUUUAGAAGCACGAACGCCUCCACGUUAAAUAAGAGGAGGAGUUGGAGAUGCCGUACAUCAAACAGGAGGCGGAGCCAGGGACCCCCAGCAUUAAAGAAGAACAGGAUGAUGAAAUCCCCACUUUACCAAUGACUAUCAGUAUGAAGAGUGAAGAAGAUUCAAGUCCAAGCGAAGGGCGCGGAGCAGCAAAACCUUCGAGCGACAACUCAUUUCAACACCCGACAACAAAAGACGUCAUUGUAGAAACUCUUCACCUUGAAAAGCACGAUCCCCUCCACGUCAAACAGGAGGAGGAGUCAGAGGUGCAGUACACCCAACAGGAGGCGGAGCCAGAGACACCCAGCAUUAAAGAAGAAGAACACGAAGAUGAAAUUCCCACAUUUCCAAUGUUUGUCAGUAUGAAGAGUGAAAAAGAUCCAAACGAAGAAAGUGGAGCAGCAAAACCUUCGUGCGACAGCUCAUUUCAACACCUGACAACAAAAGGUGAGGGACGAUUGCAACCGGACGGCCUCUUAGCGCCUCUCUCAGACAACGACAGUGUAACAUCCCACUCUUCUGACACUGACACUAAUGAGGAAGAUGUUGACUUUGACCAAAAAUCUUCGAAAUCCUUAAGCAAGUCCUCCUUGAAAAGAGACCCACAAGAAUACGUUGGUGGGAAACCUUUUGCCUGCUCAGUUUGUGAGAAAAGAUUCACGAAGAAGGCAGACUUAAAGAGACACACAAGAAUACACACCGGGGAGAAACCUUUUGCCUGCACAUGCUGUGGCAAAAGAUUCACGGUGAAAGGAAAUUUAAACACACACACAAGUACCCACACAGGAGAGAAGCCUUUUGCCUGCUCACUUUGCGAUAAAAGAUUUCGUCUGAAGCAGCAGUUAACAAUACACUGCAGUAAACACAAGACUUUUCCCUGCUCAGUUUGCUGUAAAAUGUUCACCACCAAUGUAGAAUUAAACAAUGACGCAAAACACACCGCAGAAAAACCUUUUGCCUGUGCGGUUUGCGAUGAAAGACACACGUGUACACACACUCUAGAAAAGCCUUUUGCCUGCUCUGUUUGCGAGAAAAGUUUCACUAAGAAGGCAAUUUUAAAUAAACACAUAAGAACACAUACCCGGAAGAAACCUUUGGCUUGCUCACUUUGCGAUAUCAGAUUUUCUGAUAAAGAAACUUUCAAGAAACACAAAAGGAUUCACACUGGAAAGAAGCCUUUUGCCUGCUCACUUUGCAAUGAAAGAUUUUCUUGGAGCGGACAGUUAAUAAGACACACAAGAAGAAAACACACUGGAGAAAAACCUUUUUUCUGCUCAGUAUGUAGUAAAAGAUUCACCACGCAGGGAGAAUUAAACAGUCACGCGAGAACACACACUGGAGAGAAGCCUUUUCCAUGUUCCCUUUGCGAUAAAAGAUUUUCUCGAAAGAAUGUUUUAAAAGUACACAUGCGUACACACACUGGGGAAAAGCCUUUUGCCUGCACAUUUUGUGGUAAAAGAUUCAUCAACAAGGGGAAUUUAAACAAACACACAAGAACACACACCGGGGAAAAACCUUUUGCUUGCGCGGUAUGUGGUAAAAGAUUCACCACGCAGGGAGAAUUAAACAUUCACGCGAGAACACACACUGGAGAGAAGCCUUUUCCUUGCUCACUUUGCAAUAGAAGAUUUUCUCGGGAGGAUGUUUUGAAAGUACACAUGCGUAAACACACUGGUGAAAAGCCUUUUGCCUGCACUUUUUGUGGUAAAACAUUCAUCAACAAGGGAAAUUUAAACAAACACACAAGAACACACACCAGGUAGAAACCUUUUGCUUGCGCGGUUUGAGCUGAAAGAUUUUCUACGAGUAAACAGUUAAAACAACACACAACAAGCCAUAUGGGGGUAAAUCCUUUCAAUUGCAGUGCGUGACAAAAUAUUCUGCCACGCCAUUUAAGUGGAAAAAGCAUUUCAAUUUCCCUUUAGCCUCUUUUGAAAAAGUUACUAUCCAAUAUUAUGGAUUUUUUGGGUACUUUAAUGAAUUGAGCUAGAUAUGUUUUUGUUGACAUAAAAAAGCCAUUGAUAAUAAUAAUAUUAGCAAUAGUAAAGGUUUCAUCUAUACACAUAUGUAUCCCCAUUUAUUUUGAUUUUAUUAAUUGUAUCUUAACAUUGACAAAUAUUGCCAGGUGAUUAAUCAAAGGUCAAUCAAACUCACGGUUUCAAACAAAGCUAAAAGCCAAGGCAAAGCAAAUUUAUUUGUAUAGCGCAAUUAAACACUUUACAUCACAUGAAGAUCCACGAGCAGAGAUAAAAUGAUUUGUAAAAAUCACAGCAAAUCAAAAGAAAGUUAAAACAAAGACAAUUGAAACAGGAAAUAAAACUAUAUGUAAAAAAUCACAUUAAAUCAUUAAUAGAAUUAAAGAAUAAUCAUACUUGAAAUCAGAAAUGGAAAUAAAGCAGCAAAUGACUAAAAAGCAAAUUGUUUGAUAUUUGAAACAUAAAGACCGUUAUGAGUAUGCUGCGAUUAACAAAAGCGUUUUUAGCCCCGAUUUAAAGAGCAUAUGACACAAGAAAAAAAGUCUUAAAUGGCAUUAUUAUGUGAAUUAGAAUCAUAUUUUGAGACGAUUCGACUAUAUACAACAAUUUAGCAAAGCACAGAUGACGAGAAAUUAGUCUUUUAAUCUGCCAGUUAGCCACGCCUACCAUUAUAGGGCUUUAGCGUCCCCAACAGGUGGAUGACGUCAGCGGUAGACUGGGCUCAUCGGUUUUACUAUUCAUCCCAUUGAGGGGGAAUUAUUCAGAACGAGGAAAACGCGACGAAGAGAGCCGCAAAAUGUAAUUGUUUCAGUCUCUCUAUUCCAAUAUUUUUACAGGAUAUUCUUUUUAUCCAAGUGUUUUCCCCAAUAGCUAUAUAAAUGGAUUAUGAAGGACCAGUCAGCCCGUCGAGGGGGAACUAUUCACAACGAGGAAAACGCGACGAAGAGAGCGGCAAAAUGUCAUUGUUUCUGUCUCUUUACUUCAAUAUUUUUACAGGAUAUUCUUUUUAUUCAAGUAUUUUCCCCAAUUGCUAAAUAAAUGGCAUGGUCAUGACAAAUAACAGUCUUGUGCUGGGUGGAAUAUGAAAUAAUAAAAAUGCAUUUAUUCAGGACGACAUGGCAAAAUUACUCCAUAAUGGUCAAAACUGUCGACUUCACCUUUACUGUCGCACCUCCCGAACAAUAUUUUAUGACACCUAAAUCGGACAUAUGUCAUUUCCCUUCCCCGGCUUCGGAGAAUGUAAACAAACCAGAAGGCGUGACAGCUAGCCGACAUGCUAACCCGAACCGAGUGAUGUUUCAAAGUCUUCAAAGCGGAAAAUCACACAUAACUAUCCUGGAUUAUUUGACAUGACGACCCGGUUGUCGAUUGUCUUCGCGGAUCGGCAAACCGCCCGGCGGAGAGCAAUUUACAGUUCGUUCCCCGGAGGAGGGUGGCUGGAGUUGUUGUGCAGCUAACGUGCUGCUGCUAAUGAGCAUUAGGAGAGCUUUUUACAUGCCUAUCAAUGAUCAAACGUAAGUAGUCCUUCAUUAAAGGAAGUUUGUAGUGUUUACUUUGUAAUCGCUGUAUUCGUAUUUGACAUAAUACAAAACAAGAUGUUUACUCAUUUACUCGUAAGUCCAAUGGUCCCACAGUAAAUAUCCACGUGAAUGGGAACCUUUUGAAACUCCAAAAAGGCGCAUACGCCUCUCCCUCAUGCAGAAUGAUUUUUCUGCAGCCGUUGGGCUGGCGUGAUGCGAAAAAUAAACGUAUUAAUCCGCAAAAUUAGCUGAAUCCUUCGUCCUCAUACACAACACUACACUGUAGCGUGAAGAGGACGUCUUCUACCGUACACGUCACAGCGCCCUCCUCCUCAAUGCAAGACCGAAGCCGGAAGUCACUCAUUUUUAUGGCGCGGGAUUCAAAAAACUAAAUAAAAAUAGCGAUCGCUUCCACACACAUCCAAGCGGCCCAUAUCAUUCAGGGGCAUAAAAUACCACGUGUAUUAUGAAAUAAACAUGCUUUUUCCUGUCACAGGCACUUUAAAGGAGCUAACAUUUUGAGCACACUUCAGACCUUCGAGGAACUUGUUCCAGAGGUGAGGAGCAUAAUAACUAAAAUGCUGCCUCACCCUGCUUGGUUCUUGUUCUUGGAACAUACAGGAGACCGGUUCCAGAUGACCUUAGGGGUUUAGAUGCUUCAUAGGGAUCCAACAAAUCAAGCAUGUAUUUUGGCCAUUAAGUGUUUUGUAGACGAGCAGCAGUAUUUUAUAGUCUAUUCUUUGACUCACUGGAGGCCAGUGUAACAAUUUCAAAACCGGUGUAAUGUGGUCCGGUUUCCUUGUAUUUGUAAGGACUCUGGCAGCAGCAUUCUGUACUAGCUGCAGCUUCCUGACUCAUUUUUUUUAUUAAGACCUGUAAAUAUACCGUCGCAAUUGUCCAAUCUACUGAAAAAAAUUAUUACAUAAUGACAAACUAAAUAAAAUAUAUUGGAGUUAAUGAAACAGAACAAUAAAUGAAGAAAUAAUUCGCACGGAUCAUGGAAUUUGAGCGUUAUUUAGAGCCCUGCGUUGCAAGAGGCACGAGGAGCAUUAUGUUGUGCAGCAAAAGUGUUGGCAGCAGGUGGUAACAGAGGCUUUCCGUCUCACCCAAGGGAAUUGAGAGAUUACAUUGAGCAGUGAUGGCCAAAUGACACUUCUUUAAGCAAUGAAGCUUAGCAGCUGAUUGAUUCAUAGCUUCAUGGUGGUUCAUUUGCUGAAAACAACAGUAUGUACAAAAUACCAAAUUUUAUCUGCAUUGUUUCAGUUGAUGUCUUUAUUGUGCAUUGUAAUACUUUACAAUCUGCUUGAUUAUAGAAUUACUGGACCUUUUCAUUGUUACUAUUAAACG